AUGGUGUUGUGCAGCAAAAUGUCAAGCUGUCUAGUGAUGUUGCUAAUUCUUAAUUCGACCCAUUUCAGUCUAAAGGCUAAUGGUAGACCAGAGCCAAACUCGCGUGAAUUCAAUAAGAGAGGAGAUCAAGAUCAGAAGAUGAUGAUGAGAGGUUUAAUUGGAUCAAGUCCACCAAGAUGUGAGAGAGUGAGGUGUCGUUCGUGUGGUCACUGUGAAGCAAUUCAAGUUCCUACUAAUCAUCAAACAAAGCUUCACUCUCCUUCUUCUUCUUCGUCCUCUGAGAUUAUUAAUCUUGGUUACACCAGAGGAGAAGACACGACUAAUUAUAAACCCAUGAGCUGGAAAUGCAAAUGUGGUAACUCUAUCUAUAACCCUUGAGGAAAUUUAUUUGCUUCUUUAUCCACAAUUUCUUUGUUUUUGGGUUAAGUUAUAAAAUCAGCUGUGUCUUGACUUUAUCGACAAUUUCUUCUCUUUGUUUUUGGAUUAAAUCUAAAAUCUGUGUACAUAUACAUGUUUUAGUUUCUGAUAAUUAUGCGUUAUUUUGAUUCUGAUGAUGUUUUAUUAUAGUGUUUAAUACAGACAGAGAUUAAU